CACCGCUGCAGGGAAUAUAGCGACUAUAACAGUGCAGUCGAUGAGUUUAGACCCGCCCCAUGAGGGGGAAACUUGGUGGUGCUUGCUUCUCUUCCACACCGAGCACAGAUUAAACACCGACUGGAUAUAUAUAUUUUUUUUUUUUAUAUUGUCAAAAAAAAAAAAAAUUACUUUGCAAUGUCUUGUUUACACAAACGUCCGAAAAGGACAAAAUCCCAAGAAGAGGCUUUGCAGGAGCAGCUGAGAAAAGUUGCGCAGGAGAACGGAAAACGCCUAGGUUUGGAGGGAGAUCCAGAUCUCCAGUUCCUGCUGGUCGGCGGUGAGCUGCUCAAGAUUCGCUCAAGCUCCUGGAAGAGGAAUCGCUUCUACAAACUGCAGGAAGACUGCAGGACCUUGUGGCACGAGUCCAAGAAGACCUUCAGGCGAAAUCAGACCUUCUCCAUCGAUGACAUUGAAUCAGUGCGCAAAGGCCGUCAGUCUGAGGGCCUCAAAAAACACACCGACUCCAGUGUGGAAGAGAAAUGCUUCUCCAUCAUCUUCAAGGGCCACAAGAAGAAUCUGGACCUGAUGGCACCCAACGAGGAGGAGGCGAGUCGGUGGGUCAGCAGCCUGGAGAAGGUUAAGAAAACCAUCGGCAACCUCAACCGCCAGCAGAAGAGUGAGCAUUGGAUAAUCAACUGCAUGCGGAAAGCUGACAAGAACGAGGACAACAAGAUGACGCUGAAGGAGCUGAAGCACUUCCUGCGACAGAUCAACGUUGAGGUCGAUGACACCUACGCAGAGGAAAUUUUUAAGAAAUGUGACAAGUCCAAUUCAGGUUCCCUUGAAGGCGCAGAGAUCAGGCACUUCUACGACCUGCUGACUCACCGCGAGGAGAUAGAUGUGAUCUACAGCAAUUAUGCUCAAACACAGGGCCAGAUGAGCGUCAGUGACCUGCUCAACUUCCUGCUGAAUGAGCAGAGGGAGCAGGCGACGGCAGAGGACGCUUACAAGCUGAUCGAGAAAUACGAGGUGGAUGAAACAGCAAAGCAGAAGAAGCACUUUACCAAAGACGGCUUCUUGAUGUACCUGCACAACGAGGAGGGAUCCAUCCUCAACCCAGCCCACAUACCAGUAUACCAGGACAUGAGCCAACCCCUCAACCAUUACUACAUCUCCUCCUCACACAACACGUACCUGAUGGAAGACCAGCUCAAAGGACCCAGCAGCACGGAAGCCUACAUAAAAGCGCUGACAAAGAGUUGCCGCUGUGUGGAGCUGGACUGUUGGGACGGAGCUAACGGAGAGCCUGUUAUUUAUCACGGCUACACGAUCACAUCCAAAGUGCUCUUCAGUGACGUCAUCAAAGCCAUCAAAGAUUACGCCUUCAAGACGUCUGACUACCCAGUGAUUCUGUCGCUGGAGAACCACUGCACCGUGGAGCAACAGAAGCUCAUGGCCCAUUAUUUAAUCUCCAUCCUGGGCGAUGCUUUGGUAACAAAGCCCCUGGGCGACACCAUGCCCACCAACUUCCCUUCACCCGAGGAGCUAAAGGGCAAGUUCCUCAUCAAGGGAAAGCGACUGAACAAACUGGAUGCAUUCUUCCAUAACAACAACAUCGCAGAGGAAGGCACAGUGUCUGAGGAGGACGAGGCUGCAGAUUGUGAGAAUGGCCAGAAAGCAAAACCAAAGAAAUCAAAGAUCAAACUUGCCAAACAGCUCUCAGACAUCGUCAUCUACUGUAAGAGCGUUCACUUCAGCGGCUUUGAACACGCCAAAGACAGCCAGGGCUUCUAUGAAAUGUCGUCCUUUAAGGAGAGCAAAGCUUUCAACCUGGCUGAGACCUCAGCUACCGCUUACAUCCAUCACAACAUGGACAAACUGAGCAGGAUCUACCCAGCCGGCUCCAGAACCAACUCCUCCAACUACAACCCUGUGCCCAUGUGGAACGUCGGCUGCCAGAUUGUGGCGCUGAACUUCCAGACUCCCUCCAAGGAGAUGCACCUAAACCAGGGUCGGUUCCUGCCCAACGGUACAUGUGGCUACGUCCUGAAGCCUGAGUUUCAGAGAAGCCUGUCCUCUCAGUUUGAUCCCAACACACUCGCCAAAGGGCCCUGGCUGAAGCGGAAGAUCUUUCACAUCAUGGUGAUCUCGGCUCAGCAGUUACCGAAAAUCAACAAGGACAAACACAAAUCCAUCGUGGACCCUCUGGUGAGAGUGGAGAUCUACGGUGUCCCGGCGGACAACGCCAGCAAGGAGACGCACUACAUUGAUAACAACGGUUUCAACCCCAUGUGGAAUGAAAGCUUCCAGUUUAACAUCCACGUCCCAGAGCUGGCCAUGCUGCGAUUUGUGGUGGAGGAUUAUGACUCAACAUCUCAGAAUGAUCUCAUCGGGCAUUACUGUCUGCCGGUCACCAGUGUACAGAAUGGUUAUCGUCACGUCCCGUUGCUCACCAAGAGAGGAGACGUCAUCUGCUCCGCUGGACUCUUUGUGCAUCUCAUGCUCAUGGACGCCCAGUAGACUCAUACCUGUUAAAAACUCCUCAUGCCAGCAACAGCAUUUUAUAUUUUUUAAGCAAACUGUACUAGAAUUUAUCCAGUUUUAAAGCUAAUUAACAAAACUCUGAUCAAAUAUUUCAAAAUGAUCUUCAAGGAUAAGACAUUAUGUGGAUUGCCAAGCAACAGCUGCUGACUCACGGUGACAUUUUCUGUCGUGUAAUUUUCGCUUUUUAAACACCCCGGUUUGAUCGAGAGCUCCUGUGGUGUAACAAAAGCAAGAAUGAAUGACAAUGUGUGUGGAAGGGGUGAAUGAGAAAUGCAGGGAAUUGUUUUAAGAAAGUAAUUAGAAGGGGUUUGCCAUACAGAGGGGAAAUAUAUAAUAAGUAUAAAGUGACUUUUGUGUGUGAAUUACAGCAGAAGAUACUUGCUGUUUUUUUAAAUAGAUUCCCUGAGACUUUAUGGCAUUUCCCUUCAGGAUCAUAUAAAUCAUCCUCAUGAAAACAAAGUGUUUUUGGUGGUUUUGUGUUUUCAUAUUUUAUCAAACUAGAACAAGCUUUGAUUUGUACCUUCUCAGUUUUAAUAACGACGAGUCUGUAGCUCCGUAUGAACAGCAUGCUCUCAGAAUGUAAAUGUCCUCGUGUACGUCUGCGUGCUUCUGUUUAUUCACUUUGAGAUGAAUGCUCUCCUUGUAAAUAUGAUUUCUUUCAAACAGACCGAAAAUGCUUCAAACCUCCGUUUCUUGACGAGAUGAGGAGCAAGUGUACUUCACAUGAUUCCAAUCUGAAUAAAACUUAAUCCACUUUAUCAAGCAGGUUUGUUUUCAAUGUAUCACACUUUAUUAUUUUAAUCAUGGGAGGUUUUACAGCAGUUUUCCAUGUGACAAAUGACUCAGUGCCUUCAGUAUGUCGUGUUACUUAUCUGCAUUUUGCACUAGCUCUCAAAUAAAACCAGCCCCUGAGUCCCUCA